UUAACUCCAAAAUACCCCUAUUUGAAUAAUUCGAGGCCACUUAAAGUCUAUGCGAAUGUCAUUGAAAGUUAAAAGUCUUUAGAUAUUAAUAAUAAUUCCGCUCUCCGCAUUCCUGUCCAAUUAACUUAAAAUACACUCUGACUAAGACAUAAACUUCGUUAUCUAAGAAUUACAAAGAAUAUCAACGCAUCAAAAAGGCAAAAGCAGGAAGUAACCCUAACGACGGACCAUGCAUGACAAAUAUUUACCUAAGAAUGCCCAAGUCUCCACGAGCACGAUCAAGCUCUUGAGAUCCUAGAUUUCGAUCUCUAGAACCAAUUGGAACUCGGAAUUGCCGCCUUCUACCAAACCCCGAUAUCUCCGAUCCCAAACAGCGUCAUUCUAUAAAUACUCAGUACAUCCCAAACAACCGGGAGGCCACAUAUCUUCCCCAUAACCAGCUAUACCCUCCACCAUCCACCACCAAAAUGUCCAAAGCUAGCGCCUCCCUCCUCGCCUCCCUGGCCAACCGCCGUUCCUACUACGCCCUCCGCAACUCCUCCCCCAUCCCGGACACAAAAAUCCAAUCCAUCGUCAGCUCCAUCAUGUUCAAAACCCCCUCCGCCUUCAACUCCCAGUCCACCCGCGCCGUCCUCCUCCUAAACGACCAGCACGAAAAGCUCUGGAACAUAACUAAAGAAAUCCUCCUCGCAAAGAUCGGGCCCGAACGCUUUCAGCAAACCGGCCCAAAAUUAGACGGGUUCAAGGCCGCAUACGGCACCGUGCUCUUCUACGAAGACCAGCCCGUGAUCGCCGAGCUCAAGAAGAAGUUUCCCCUCUAUGCGGAGAACUUUGAUGCGUGGUCGGAGCAUACGAGUGGGAUGCAUCAGUUGAUGGCGUGGAUGGCGCUGGAGGAGGAGGGGUUUGGGGCGAAUUUGCAGCAUUAUAAUCCGGUUAUUGAUGAGAGGGUUGCGGAAGCUUGGGGGGUGCCUGGGACGUGGAAGUUGAGGGCGCAGUUGGUGUUUGGGGUUCCGGAGGGGGAGAGGCCGGCGGAGAAGGAGAAGUUGGCGUUGGGGGAGUUGUUGAAGGUAUAUGGAGCGAAGAUUUGAGAUGGUUUUCUUUCUUCUUUCUUCUUGAAUGUAGUAUAUAGAGCCUGCAGGAUAGAGCCAUGGAUAGAUGUGAAAUUAAUAGAAUCGUUCCUGCUAUACAGAUAGAUCGGAUUUGACGGCUCGGAAGAGGACCAUGCUUGUAUCUCUGAACUUCGCGGAUAGAGGAC